GUGACACAGAAACAACUGAUUAGCAUGCUAGCUGUUAGGUGAUGUCUUACUAUGGUCGUGAAUUUGCCUAAAUUAUUAGAUAGUCGUAAUUCAGCUGCCUUUUUAUUUUGCCCAACAUACGCCAUUUCGGGACGAUUUGUGUUUUGCCAUUUUAGGCCAAGCGGAACCAGAACGAGCUAACGUUACUGUAGCCAGCUCGUAAACAUUGGAGACAAAACAACACUAAAAAACCUGAUUUAACAUCAAGCUGAAAUAUGGAUCAAAAUUACACCUUGUAUCCUGUUAAACUGUACGUUUACGACCUGUCUAACGGAAUGGCUCGCCAGCUGAGCCCCCUCAUGCUAGGGAAACAGCUUGAUGGAAUAUGGCACACUGCUAUUGUUGUCCAUGGAGAGGAGUUCUUCUAUGGGGGAGAGGGCAUCGCAAACUGCCCACCUGGUGGGACGUCCCUGGGAGAACCCAACUCCAUAAUAGACCUGGGCAUCACAGAAGUGACUGAGGAAAUCUUUAUGGAGUACCUGUCUUCACUGGGAGAGUCCACGUACAGGGGGAACCAGUACCAUCUGUUUGAGUGGAACUGUAACACGUUCAGUAACGAAGUGGCCCAGUUCCUCACCGGCAGCAAGAUCCCUGCCCACAUCACAGACCUGCCGGCUGAAGUGCUGUCCACGCCUUUCGGCCAGGCGCUACGUCCGCUUCUGGACUCCAUCAAUAUUGCACCUCAGGGGGGCAACACCUUCAAUGGACAUUAUGGCCAGAGAUAGACCGAUAACACAGGUGCACAGAGUAAUAUAUUAAACGAUCAGUCAGUCUGUGUGGGGGGGUGGGAGAUCUGCAGCUCUGGACCUUUGUAAGUCCCUUACUGAUGUACGUCAGUCAGUCAGUCAGUGGGCCAGGCAGCAACCUAACCCAACCUGACCUCUUUAAUACCUUAAAGGCCCAGUGCAGUCAAAAAAGUGAUUUUCCUGUUUUUUUAUAUAUAUUUCCACACUAUGAGGUGUGAAUAAUACAGUUAAAUUUAUAAUGCCCUUUUAGUGUAGGAGCUGUUUGAAAAGACCGCUGGAAAUUUCAGCGUAUUUUGGUGGGAUGGCGUUUUGGCCUUUCAUGUUGACAUCACCACGUGGUUAAUUAGUUAAUAGACCAAUAAGAAAGAGUUCCAAAACUCUCUGCCAAUAUCAGCACAUUUUCAGUUUUCCCCUCCCCACUCAGACCACUCCCAGACAGUCCUAGCAAAAUUAUUUAUUGAGAAGUUGCUCUUUGCUAAGAAGCAUUAUUUUAUUUUUUUUGACUCAUUUAAAAUAAUCACACUAAGGUACUUAAUUGUUCCCCAGAAAUGAUUUGAUAUUGAGAUAAAAACAGCAGCAUCUGACCUUUUACCCCAGCCCAGGCUGACACUCCCCAGACUUAACAUGAUCCUACCUAACUUACCCCUUUUCCACUUUAAACUUGGCCUGCGAUCUGUGUGUGUAUUUUAGUAUGUCCAUGGAUAUAAAGCUGGUAUUAGGCCGUAAGUGUAUGAUAAGAUAGAUAUUUAUUCUACUCUCCAUAGGAGCUCAUGAUCAGCUGAAUGUAAAACUAGGGAGCUGCAAGGUUUCUAUCUAGAGCCAGAGCUGCAGCUCUUUCCUGCACAGGGGUGGGUAGGGUGUCCUUUUACCUUCCUGUUAUAAGUAAUUAAGUAAGCUAUUUUAGUGUUUUCAUUGUUUUGUUCUUUUUUAAUUACCAUGACAUGACUGCAUUGACACUCCAGAGAGGUAGAGAGAAGGGAUAGAGAAGAUGAAAAGAGAAACAAACAAUGUUUGAGAUUUUAGCUGAAGACGUGAUAAAAACUAUACAAAUUCUGACUUGCACUUGUCUUUAUAUUGUGAACUUGCGUAUUCACUUAUCUUCGUAUCAACUUCCAACUGUCUGGUGUCAAGGUUUAUUCCUCGAAAACAUUGUUACACACAAGCACACACACUCAAGAUCAUCAAGCUAUGACCUCGUGUGACCUGUACAGACGUGCUCAAAUUUGUUGGUACCCCUCCACAAAAAACGAAGAAUGCACAAUUUUCUCUGACAAAAGUAAUUGGCGUCCACUGUUGUUUAUUCCAUAUUUAAUAGAGGUAGUUUGGCCCACUCUUCCUGAGCCAACUGCUCCAGCUGUCACAGGUUUGAUGGGUGCCUUCUCCAGACUGCAAGUUUCAGCUCUUUCCAUAGAUGUUCGAUAGGAUUCCGAUCAGGACUCAUAGAACGCCACUUCAGAAUAGUCCAAUGUUUUGUUCUUAUCCAUUCUUGGGUGCGUUUAGCUGUGUGUUUGGGGUCAUUAUCCUGUUGGAGGACCCAUGACCUGCGACUGAGACAGAGCUUUCUGACACUGGGCAGUACGUUUCGCUCCAGAAUGCCUUGAUAGUCUUGAGAUUUCAUUGUGCCCUGCACAGAUUCAAGGUACCUGUGCCAGGCGCAGCAAAACAACCCCAAAACAGAACCCAGCCUCCUCCAUGUUUCACUGUAGGUAUGUUGUUCUUUUCUUUGAAAGCUUCAUGUUUCCGUCUGUGAACAUAGAGCUGAUGUGACUUGGCAAAAAGCUCCAGUUUUGGAGGACAUUCUCUCAGGAUUGUGGCUUGUCAUUAUGCAUUUUAGAAAAUUCCAGUCCGGCUUUUUUGUGUUUUUCUUUCAAAAGUGGAGUCCUCCUGGGUCUACUUCCAUGGAGCCCAUUUUCGCUCAAAAAGCGACGGAUGGUGCGAUCAGAAACUGAUGUACCUUCACCUUGGAGUUCAGCUUGUAUCUCUUUGGCAGUUAUCCUUGGUUCUUUUUCUACCAUUCGCACUCUCCUUCUGUUCAAUCUGGGGUCGAUUUUCCUCUUGUGGCCUCGCCCAGUGAGGUUGGCUACAGAUCCAUGGACCUUAAACUUAAUAUAAUUUGCGACUGUUGUCACAGGAACAUCAAGCUCCUUGGAUAUGGUCUUGUAGCCUUUACCUUUACCAUACUUGUCUAUUAUUUUCUUUCUGAUCUCCUCAGACAAAUCUCUCCUUUGCUUUCUCUGGUCCAUGUUCAGUAUGGUGCACACAAUGAUACCAAACAGCACAGUGACUACUUUUCUCUAUUUAAAUAGGCUGAAUGACUGAUUACAAGAUUGGAGACGUGUGAUACUAAUUAAAGAAACAAAUUAAUUUGAAAUAUCACUAUAAUCCAGUUAUUUAUUAUAUUUUCUAAGGGGUACCAACAAAUGUGUCCAGGCCAUUUUAGAAUAUCUUUGUAGAAUAAGCAAUAAUUAAUAUUUUCACAGCUUCUUUGCUUUAUUCUAUGACAUAGGCAUGCAAGUAUACAGCUUUUAAUUUAGUCACUUUUCAUGAGGAAUGAAGUAUUAUUUCAAUGAGCUGUAAGGGCACCAACUAAUUUGAGCACGUCUGUAUGUAGGAUUUUACAGUAAUACACUGAACAACUGCAUUUUCCAGAAUUGGUAUACUUAUACCUUUCAAAUUAGCAGGAAUGCACCAUAUCUAGGCAUUUUCUAAGAUUGGAAUGUUGUUGAGAGUCUCUGUACUGUUUUCUUGCAAUCAGUGUGCAGCCUAAUGUUGUUCCAGCAUAGGAAAUCACUCUCCAUAUCAAGAGUUAUGCCAACCGCCAUUCACUUUUUUCAUGAUAUCAAGUGUCUGUGAUUUUGUUGCCAUUAUUUGUUUUAAUCGGUUUAUUUAUUUUAAUAUUAUAUACACAAGACUGUCUUUGUAAGUUACAUACUUGAAUUUAUUACCUAAUGUUAUUAUGAGCAUACAUAUCGUUAUUAUAAUUAUUGUAUUAUCAAGAUUUAAUAUAUUCGGUAAUUCACAUUUGGUAUUGAGUCAAAGUUGUGAUACCCCAAAAAUGUCCAUCCUUACUCUGUCCACUAUUGCUGAUGUAAAGAUCCUGUUUCUUUUUAACGAAACUCUUGCCUCUGCUUGAUUAAAGACAACUUUU